AAAAUUUUUUGCGCAUGUCCGAAUAUUCUGUUCGGUUCACACGUAUACACAAUGAAUUUGUGUGCGUCGCCGAAUGUUUCCGAGCCCCGACUCGAAUAAUAAUUCGGACAUGCGCAAAAGAUUUUUGUCGAGCAGUAUGACUGCGACAGAGAGAUUGUCUGCACCGUAAUGAAUCCGAACAAAAUCAUACCCUAUGCGCAAUAUAGUAGUAUUAAAUAUAUGAUUGUAUUUAUUUUCAAAGUUAAUGCUUCAAAACCUAUCAUAACUCAAAUGUAAGGUUAGGACAGCACUUAUAUUUUUGUUAUUUUUCAAGAUCUUAAACUGGCUGAUGUUGCUGUUCAUUUUCAACAAAAACAACAAUUACUACCUACAUCAGUCAAUAGAUAAUGUGUUUGAAGUGGAAUUUUUCUUUUCAUUUUGUUAACUGUUAUUAACAAAUUUAUUGUUUUAAUAAUUUUAUUCAGUACAAAAUUCAGUAAGCACCACAUCCACAACAUUAACAAUACAUACUGAUACAUACAUAGAAAAGUGUAAAAAAAAGUAUACAUGAGACUGGUUAUUUUUUAGGGAUUCCUAGGGAGAUUUUUAAUUUUUAUGGAUUCACUCUGAUUAUGGCCAAAAAGGACCGCGGUCCCCCUACGGAACGCACCCUAAGUCCGACACAUCGCUUCACAUUCAAUAACAAUAUUAUUACUUGUUAUUGUUUAAAAAAAUUGAAUAAGCAUGGAUUUAAGCAAAACAAAUAAAAGAACCACAUCAGAUCGGAUUAGUGAAUCAGAUAAUGAUAAUGAUCAUCAAAAUGUUCAUGAAAAAAAAAAGAAGGUAGAAGCACCUCCUUUGUGUCCUUAUCUCGAUACAAUAAAUCGUCAAUUAUUAGAUUUUGAUUUUGAAAAAUUAUGUUCAAUAUCAUUGUCACAAAUAAACGUUUAUGCAUGUCUUGUUUGUGGUAAAUAUUUUCAAGGCAGAGGAACAAAUACAUAUGCUUAUACACACAGUGUUGCUGAGGGUCAUCAUGUAUUUUUAAAUCUUCAUACGUUAAAAUUUUAUUGUCUACCUGAUAAUUAUGAAAUUGUUGAUCAUUCAUUGAAUGACAUAAAAUAUGUUUUCAAUCCGACAUUUAGUGAAAAACAAAUAAGAGAACUUGAUACAACUAGUAAACGCUCACGAGCUAUUGACGGUACAAUGUAUUCAACUGGAAUUGUUGGAAUGAAUAAUAUCAAAGCCAAUGAUUAUUGUAAUGUUAUUUUACAAAGUUUAUCACAUGUAACACCACUACGUAAUUUUUUUCUUCGUAAAUCAAAUUGUUUGAUGGUUGAAGAACCACAUGAACGGUUAAUACAAAGAUUUGGUGAGUUGAUGAGAAAAUUAUGGAAUCCAAGAAAUUUUAAGGCUCAUGUUAGUCCACAUGAAAUGUUACAAGCUGUUGUAUUAGCUAGUAAUAAAAAGUUCAAAUUCACUGAACAAGGUGAUCCUAUUGAUUUUUUAUCAUUUUUUUUAAGAUCUGUUGAUCUUGCAUUAAAAAAGCUAGAAAAUCCAAGUAUUAUUGAUCGAACAUUUUUGGGACAUAUGAGAAUUCAUAAACGUAAAAUUCCACCACUUGAACUUGAAGAAAGUCAUAAAAGGGAAUUAUUAAAUACUGUUGAGUACAGUGAGACUGUUGAAGAAAAAUCAUUUCGUUAUUUAACAUGUGAUUUACUACCACCACCAUUAUUUAAAGAUCAACAGACCGAGAAAAUUCCCCAGGUCAAUUUGUAUAAACUUUUAGAGAAAUUUAAUGCAACCACUGAAAGAAAAUAUGAAACACCCAAAGGAAAUUUAAUGAAACGCUUUGAGAUAACUCAAUUACCACCAUAUUUAAUUCUCUACAUAAAGAGAUUUACAAAAAAUACAUUUUUUGUUGAGAAAAAUCCAACGAUUGUUAAUUUUCCUAUCAAAAACCUUGAUUUUGGAGAUAUACUGACACCAGAAGUAAAAGCAAAACAUCCAUGUACAACUUAUGAUUUAGUUGCUAACAUUGUUCAUUUUAGUGGAUCUGCACAAGGUACAUAUCGAGUACAUGUAUUGCACAAAGGCAGUGGACAAUGGUACGAAUUACAGGACCUUCAUGUUACCCCAAUAUUACCAGAAAUGAUAAAACUCUCAGAAGCUUACAUACAGAUUUAUGAACUUCAAAAAGAAAACAGUCUAUCAGAUAACAAUGACAACAAAUAAAAUUAAAACUUUUAUAAAUUAUUUUCAAUAAAAUAAAUUAAUAAUGAUACUUUA